GUAAACCAAUUCGUUUAAAGCGGGAGGGCCAAUUAGCACUAGAACGUUCUUUUUGCGAGUUUUCACUUCAAAAAAAAGCUCUCCUUUUCUUACGCAGCUUUUGCAACGCUCGUAGUGCUUUGGUGUUUUUUUUCUUUUAAAUCUGCUUUGUUGCGUCACUGCAGAGGUCGAAAUCAUCCUCUGCGCUCAGUAAUUGUGUUAGUUUUCUUCGGUAGAGAGGCUUUUCUUAUUUGACCGUUAACACAGCGGCUUCUCCUUUUAUGGCAUGCGGAAGUUUUUUUCCCCCCUUUCACAACAUCAACAUCUUUCACAGCGGCGCUAAAGGAGACAGUUGAAAACAAACUCGCAAGUUCGAAAGCUCUUCUGGAUUUGUUCUUUUUGUUGUUAGAAAAGAGAAAGAUCCGUUGAGAACCGCCAGGCGGCGGGCAACCAGUUGACAUACCAAAAGAUUCCUAGAAUAUACCACUACAUAAAAAAGUCAAAGCUGAAAACUAGAGCGUCAAAAGAGGCAGCAAGGGCUUUUCUUUCCUUCUGUCUGCCUUCCGCACCGCAGUCGUUGCUUUGAAUUUCUACCUAUUCUUCAACCGCACCCGCUACAUCUACUUUUCUUUCCGUCUGUUCGCUUGUUGUUUGCAGUUUUCAUGCAUGAUGAUGGACGCAUGAGCAGUCAAAUCGAUCACACUCGCGAUAGCGUCAAUGACAAACCGGCUGGGGCUACAGAUCAACACUUAAUGUACCGAACGCGGUCAGGGGACGAACCGAGGUCACGUGCAAGUAAUGGUCGUGAUGCUCCCUCGCCGACUGCGGUCAAUAGUACCAGUUCUCCUAGUGGCGACGGCAGCAAAGAAGCAACUGCUCUGUUUCGCGAAUCAGCACCUACAGCUUCGUCGCCGGUUUUCUUUGCUCCGCCUUCUACCCCGUUGCCGCACCAUAGGUUCCGUCGGAGUACCACGAACGCGAUGGCGGCUGGUCGCCGGGUCUCGCACCGUAGCGCCUCUGCCCCCGGCCUUGAGGGGGAUAGCAGAGGGCUGGAGCCGGACGGCCUGUCCUCGACCAUAGACGUAGCGCAGCUGUCAAGCUCUCGCCCUUUUGGUCCUAACGCAGCGGACACCGAUAAAUACUCCUACAAUGAGCCCACUAACCGUCUUCCACAAGACGCGCGGAGAAGUGGCAGCGGAGGGAUCGACAGCGGGCUCUUCAGUUCCACGGUGCCUGGCACCCUCCCAAGCAGUAAUGGACACGCUUUCAAGUACAACAAUGUGCGCAAGUACGGCGGAGAGCGCCUUUUCCAGAUUGACGACGACGACGUGGCUGCGGCGCUCUUGGUGGAGGCCCCUUCGGCGCUCAUGGAGGUGGACCGGCGAACUGGAUAUCAAUACCUGGGGCAGGGUGCACGCGUGCGCAGCGGCUCUGCUCCCGUAGGCGCGGAAACCGGCAGCUCUUCACCGCCGUUGCUGUCCCCCAACCCAGCCCGCCUCGACCCGGUAGCGCCGGCCACCAUGGAUGUCAGCACCACUGCCGCUGCGCCUGCCCCAGUGACGGUGGAUGCGAAGCCGCGGAGGGAGAAGAAGCGGGGAAAGGAGGAGAAGAAGCGACGGCAUCAUUCUUCUCGCCGUUCGCGCACAUCGGUGUCGGGUGUGUCGCGAGGCGGAAAUGCCGAGACAGCCUCCGAGCCGAUGGCGUCAUCGUCCUCGGCCUGGUUCUCUGGCAUGACCGCCGCGCAGCAAGUCCGUUUUGAGAGUCUGCAGGAGCGCAGCAAUGCAGGGCAUGAGCUGGCGAGGUGGAAGAUGCUGGAGUUCAUGCGACACUGGAUGAGUGCGCAAGGAACGCGAAGCAGCGUAGAUGCUGUCAUUAGCGAAGUCCUCGCUGACGCGGGCCUUGUCAAGAUAAAAGGGGCCUGGGGCAGCGCAGGCAGCGGGGCCAGCGGCCCCGGACUGAGCCCCGUCUCGCCUUCUAAUAAAUCCAUUGGAGGUGAAGGAGCCGCAACGGUAGUGGAGGCGGCAGGAGCGGCAGCUGCGAAUGGCGCCAUGACCGCAAGCCCUCCCACCUCCGAACCACCUCCGGAAAAGGUGUCACCAAAGAACCAGUUGAUUGCCAAAACGGCGACGCCCGCGACAUCGGACGAUGCGGCGCCGUCCGCCGGAGCCCAGACAACGGCACCGGCCCUGGAAGAACUGCUCGGCAAAUUGGAGGAUUCCACUGCAAAAGAGAAGACACCGCGAUCAACGGUGGAAGGUGAGAUUGCCUCCGGUCCGCCAUCGUUGCUUGCGCUUGCCGAUGGUGGUACGGUGAACAACGACGACGGCGCAUUUACGUCACAAACGGUAGAAACGGCGUCGUCCGCGCUUCCUGUGGGCUCUGCGCUCGUUACAGCUGUGACGCAGCCGUCCGUCAGUCCCCACCGACGUCAAUACAAGAAGGACGAAACGGCUGUCGUCACAGCGAAGGAAGGAGCGCAACGACAACAGUGUGUUGGCACCCAGGUGAUUUUGACGAAAGAGGGUGGUGGUGGAUCGACCGUCAAAAACGUCGACGAAGGCGAAGAUGAGCUCCUUCAAUCAAGCGCCACACCCAAAAAGCAAGUAGCGCCGGUGGCACGCAACGGCAGCGGGGCCUCACCCGAAACCGCUGCCGCAUCCUUAAAAACUGACGCUUCUCUCGGCAAGAUGAGCCCCCAUAAGCCGCUCAGCGAGUCCACCACUCCGCAACGUACGCCCUCCGAAGCCCCACUUCGAUCCCCCAGAGCGUUUGACUCGGCGGUGCGGCGAAGUCGCAGUAGAAGCACUUCACUCAAGGAGGCGGCAAAGCGGCAAGCGGCGACGUACGACGAGAUCCCUCGCUUCUACUUUCCUCUUGGCCGGCCAACCACGAGCGCGCAGGCCAUCAACGGGCCGCUGUCAAAGAACCACGAAAACCCGCAUCUGAAAGUGAUGGAUGGGGUGCCGAUUGCCGCCGCCAUGUACGACGGCGAGGAGGGCGGCGGCCUGAACGCCAACGCUGAGGUCCUGAUCAACGGAAACGGCGAGGACGCUGCCUUCUCAAGCGAAGCCCGCCGCGGUCCCAAGGUGGCACCGAUGUCUAAUUUGCACCUUCUCGAGGAUAAGCACGUCGCCCACCACAUUCAACGUGAGUUUGGCCGACUCCCGCCCUUCCCGAAGCACUCGUCGAAGGUGCGCUUACUGGGUGGGCGAGCCCGCAGCGGUACCCACCACAACAGCAACCUGUCCUAUGCGAAGCAAGAGCUACUCUACAAACAGCAGUUUAUUCAGUGCGCGCAGCGCGUCUGUUCUCAAUGUUUCGGUGUUCCACGCUACUUCGCCUUCAUCAUACUGCGUCUCAUCCAAUGGAUGGCAAACAACGGUGCAGUUGAUGUGUCUGGAGAAGGAAGUCGGCCGCAGACACGGCACACCGGUAACAGUCGCAUCGGCUCCUCCUCGUCUCUGCUGAGUCACACCACCAACGGCAGCAGCGGGGCCGGCUCCGGCUCUCCCUUCCUCUCCCUUUUUCACAUCACGCCGCAGCACUUGAAAGACUUCUACGAUGCUCAUCUCAGAAACAAAGACGCGGUUCGUCGGGUAUUUGAUUUGCUCAUUCUCUCGUCACGUUUGCCAAACUCCUCUGCGGCUGCGGCGUCACUCGCGGCCACGAACGCCGCCGCCGUCACAACGGUAGCCGAUCAGCAGUCGGAUGCUUCGACACCACGCAAUUCAGAGGCCGCACUGCUGCGGCCCUAUCUUCUUCCGAAAGACUUCGUUGCCUACAUCGAUGUCCUUCUCACUCAGCAUCCUGGGCUGGCAUUUCUGCGGCAGACUCCCGACUUUCAGACCAAAUAUCUCGACACCGUCAUCUACCGCAUCUACUACGAACUGGAUCGCUUUGAUCGGGGAAGCAUUCGCUACGCUGAGCUUGCUGCGUCGCGGCUCAUUGACGCUUUUCGCCAGGUCGACGCUGCGGAGGACAUCAACUCCGUGCUGCUCUUCUUUUCCUACGAGCACUUCUAUGUCUUGUACUGUCGUUUCUGGGAGCUGGACGAGGAUCGGGACAUGCUGUUGGCGCCGGAGGAUCUCAUGCGGUAUGCCCCAGAGGACGUCAUGAACCCCGCCAUUGUUCAGCGUGUGUUUACCGGGGUUGGUCGUCGUUUGCGGUGCGCCGUCCCCCAGCGCAUUGGGUACGAGGACUUUGUGUGGUUUUGCCUCUCCGAAGAAGACAAGUCAACACCACAGGCCAUCCGCUAUUGGUUCCGCGUGUUGGACCUGGACGGUGACGGCGUCCUGUCCGUGUACGAGCUGCGAGAGUUCUACGACGCCACACGCAACAAGAUCGCGCAGUACGUGCAGGAAGGCCUUGUCACCUUCGAAGAUGUGGUGUGCCAGGUGUUUGACAUGAUGCGCUGUCCGGAAUACCGCGGGCUGUACCUGUGCGACCUGUUGCGCGAGCCGGAGGCGGCAGCGGUGGCGCUGAACAUGCUCACGAACGUAGUAAAGUUCCUGCAGUUUGAGCAGCGCGAUCCUUUUGUGUCGCAUCAGGAGCGUCUUCUCGGCGGCCUGGAGCAAUCUGCAUGGGACCGCUUUGCCCGCCUGGAGUACGACCGCAUGGCUCUCGAAACAGAUGAAGAGGGCUGA